ACACAAAACACAAUAAUAUAUACAAAUUCACAACUCAUAACCAGUGUUUUCUAGAGAGAGAAACAAAAAGGCUAUUCAUCAUCAUCUUCAUCAUCAGCAUCGCCGAGUCAAGUUGCUUCCGUAUCCGAUCUCACUCACCGAGUUGAGAUUAUCAAUCUUCUGUAACUCGUUGUCUUUGUUUGAUGAGUUGACGAAUACUAGGAGAUCGAUUUUUUAGCUCAUCAAAUGGCUGCGCCAGUUAAUAUUAUUGUGGGGUCACAUGUAUGGGUUGAUGAUCCAAAAUUAGCAUGGUUAGACGGAGAAGUAAUCAAAAUAAAUGGUCAAGAGGUUCAUGUCCGUACUUCACACGGGAAAACAGUCAUCACAAACUUCUCGAAAGUCUUUCCAAAAGACACUGAAGCACCUCCUGGAGGUGUAGAUGACAUGACAAAGCUUUCAUAUUUGCAUGAACCCGGAGUUCUGCAAAAUUUGGCAGCCAGAUACGAACUUAAUGAAAUUUAUACAUAUACCGGAAAUAUCUUGAUUGCAAUAAACCCAUUUCAAAGAUUGCCUCACCUAUAUGAUACUCACAUGAUGGACCAAUACAAGGGAGCUGCAUUUGGAGAGCUAAGUCCGCAUGUUUUUGCAGUCGCAGAUGUUGCAUACAGAGCAAUGAUCAAUGAGGGAAAGAGCAACUCUAUUUUAGUUAGUGGAGAAAGUGGCGCAGGUAAGACCGAAACAACGAAGAUGCUUAUGAGAUAUCUUGCACAUCUAGGUGGCCGGUCGGGGGUGGAAGGACGAACGGUUGAACAGCAAGUUCUCGAAUCAAACCCAGUACUCGAAGCAUUUGGCAAUGCCAAAACCGUCAGAAAUAACAACUCCAGUCGUUUUGGUAAGUUUGUCGAGAUACAAUUUGAUAAGAGUGGGAGGAUAUCUGGGGCAGCUAUACGGACUUACUUGCUUGAGAGGUCUCGGGUUUGCCAGAUUUCAAAUCCAGAAAGAAAUUAUCACUGCUUCUAUCUUCUUUGCGCUGCGCCCCCUGAGGACAGGGAGAAGUAUAAAUUGGAAAACCCUCGGUCAUACCACUACUUGAAUCAGUCGGAUUAUUAUGAGCUUGAUGGAGUAAAUGAUGCUCAUGAAUAUCUUGCAACGAGAAGGGCUAUGGAUAUAGUUGGAAUAAGUGAAGAAGAACAGGAGGCGAUUUUUAGGGUGGUUGCUGCAGUUCUUCAUCUUGGUAAUGUUGAAUUUGCCAAGGGAGAGGAAAUUGACUCCUCCGUUCUUAAGGAUGAGAAGUCAAGGUUCCAUCUUAAUGUGACAGCAGAACUGCUUAUGUGCGAUGCCAAGAGCUUGGAAGAUGCAUUGAUUCAGCGUGUAAUGGUGACACCCGAGGAAAUUAUUACGAGGACUCUUGAUCCUGAAUCUGCGCUGGGUAGCAGGGAUGCUUUGGCCAAAACUGUAUAUUCUCGCUUGUUUGAUUGGAUUGUAGAAAAAAUAAACCGUUCCAUUGGGCAGGACCCAAACUCAAAAUCGUUGAUUGGAGUUCUUGAUAUAUAUGGCUUUGAAAGUUUUAAGCAGAACAGUUUCGAGCAGUUUUGUAUCAACUUUACUAAUGAAAAGCUGCAGCAACAUUUUAAUCAGCAUGUAUUUAAAAUGGAACAAGAAGAGUACACAAAGGAAGAAAUUGAUUGGAGUUACAUAGAGUUUGUUGAUAACCAAGAUGUCUUGGAUCUAAUUGAGAAGAAACCUGGAGGAAUAAUUGCACUUCUAGAUGAAGCCUGCAUGUUUCCCAAGUCUACUCACGAAACCUUCUCUCAGAAAUUGUACCAGACAUUUCCCAAGAAUAAGCGAUUUAUCAAACCUAAGCUGUCUCGUACUAGUUUCACCAUAUGCCACUAUGCUGGGGAGGUGAAUUAUUUAGCUGAUCUAUUCCUAGACAAAAAUAAAGAUUAUGUGGUUGCAGAACAUCAAGAUCUUUUAACUGCCUCUAGAUGCUCAUUUGUUGCUGGUUUAUUUCCACCACUUCCAGUUGAAUCAUCAAAGUCUUCGAAAUUCUCCUCAAUUGGGUCUCGUUUCAAGCUUCAGUUGCAGUCUUUAAUGGAAACCUUGAGUACAACAGAGCCUCACUACAUCAGAUGUGUAAAGCCUAACAAUGUACUCAAGCCUGCUAUCUUUGAAAACCUCAAUGUUAUUCAACAAUUGCGUUGUGGAGGAGUGCUGGAGGCCAUUAGGAUUAGUUGUGCUGGUUAUCCUACUCGAAGAACAUUUUAUGAAUUUCUUCUUCGCUUUGGUCUUCUUGCUCCAGAAGUUCUGGAGGGAAACUAUGAUGACAAAGUUGCCUGCCAGAUGAUUUUGGACAAAAUGGGGUUAAGAGGCUAUCAGAUUGGUAAGACAAAGGUUUUCCUUCGAGCUGGUCAGAUGGCUGAGCUGGAUGCAAGAAGAACAGAGGUUCUUGGAAAUGCAGCUAAAAUUAUUCAAAGGCAAAUUCGGACUUACAUUGCCCAGAAGGAGUUUAUAUCAUUGCGCAAAGCUGCUGUUCAAUUGCAGUCAUGUUGGCGAGCUUUAUCGGCUUGCAAGCUAUAUGAGCAAUUGCGACGAGAAGCAGCAGCUCUAAAAAUCCAGAAGAAUUUCCGAAGUCAUGUAUCCAGGACAUCCUAUGUAUCAGUUCAGAAGGCUGCAAUUACAUUGCAGGCAGGCUUAAGAGCAAUGAAAGCUCGUGAUGAAUUCAGAUAUAGAAAGCAAACCAAAGCUGCAAUUGUUAUACAGGCUAAUUAUCGUUAUCACAGAGCAUACUCUUAUUACAAAAGUCUUCAGAAGGCUGCCAUUGUCACUCAGUGUGGCUGGAGGCAAAGGGUUGCUAAGAGGGAGCUGCGAUCACUCAAAAUGGCUGCAAGAGAAACCGGAGCUCUUAAAGAAGCAAAAGAUAAGCUAGAAAAGCGUGUGGAGGAACUUACAUGGAGAUUGCAGCUGGAAAAACGUUUAAGGACUGAGAUGGAAGAGACAAAAGCACAAGAAAUUACAAAGUUGCAGGAAGCUUUACGUGCAUCGAAAUUACAAAUGGAAGAAGCAAAGUCUAAAGCAAUUCAAGAGCAGGAGGCAGCACGAAAAGCUUUUGAAGAAGCUCUCCCUGUCAUUAAGGAGACGCCUGUUAUAGUUCAGGACACAGAAAAAAUUGAUGCAUUGAAUGCUGAGGUGGAGAGUUUGAAGGCUGUACUACUUUCAGAGAGACAAUCUGCAGAAGAGGUUAGGAAGGCUCGAACAAGUGCUGAAGUACAGAAUGCUGAGCUAGUUCAAAAACUUGAAGAUGCAGAUCGAAAAGUGGAUCAGCUUCAAAAUACUGUACAGAGGCUUGAAGAGAAACUUUCGAAUUCCGAGUCAGAGAAUCAGGUACUCCGUCAACAAGCACUGGCAAUGUCACCUACUGGAAAAUCAAUUUCUUCAAGGCCAAGAACAACAAUUAUUCAGAGAAAUCAACAGAAUGGGAAUGUUUCUAAUGGAGAAACAACGCUUUCAAUAAAUCUACAUGAGAUGACUCCUGCUAAAGCAAGAUCUCGUGAGCCUGAAUUGGAGGAAACACCACAGAAAUCUCUUAAUGAAAAGCAGCAGGAGAAUCAGGAUAUGCUGAUCAAGUGCAUUUCUCAAGAUAUAGGAUUUUCUGGAGGCAAACCAAUCGCUGCAUGUGUUAUAUACAAAUGCCUUCUUCAUUGGAGGUCAUUUGAAGUUGAAAGAACUAGUGUAUUUGAUCGCAUCAUCCAAACAAUAGCCUCAUCCAUAGAGGUUCCGGACAAUAAUGAUGUGCUGGCAUACUGGUUAUGUAAUACAUCAACGUUGUUAACACUGCUACAACACACACUCAAAGCAAGUGGAGCAGCCAGCUUGACGCCACAAAGGCGGAGAUCUUCCUCGGCUUCUCUUUUUGGAAGAAUGUCCCAGGGGCUGCGAGGGUCACCACAGAGUGCUGGACUCCCAUUCCUCAAUGGCCGAGUGCUUGGAAGACUGGACGAUUUACGUCAAGUAGAGGCGAAGUAUCCAGCUUUAUUGUUUAAACAACAACUUACUGCCUUCCUCGAGAAAAUAUACGGAAUGAUAAGAGAUAAUCUGAAGAAAGAGAUCUCUCCAUUGCUUGGAUUAUGUAUACAGGCACCUAGGACCUCCCGUGGAAGCUUGGUGAAAGGUCGUGCCUCAGCUAAUGCAGUUGCUCAACAGGCUCUUAUUGCUCAUUGGCAGAGCAUUGUUAAAAGUCUAAACAAUUAUUUGCAGACCAUGAAAGCAAACUAUGUUCCUCCAUUCUUGGUUCGGAAAGUGUUCACUCAAAUAUUCUCAUUUAUCAACGUGCAACUAUUCAACAGUCUCCUUUUGCGACGUGAAUGUUGCUCAUUCAGUAACGGUGAAUAUGUCAAAUCAGGCCUGGCAGAGUUAGAACAAUGGUGUUGCCAUGCAAAUGAGGAUUAUGCAGGCACUGCUUGGGAUGAAUUGAAGCAUAUAAGACAAGCAGUUGGUUUCCUUGUUAUACAUCAAAAGCCUAAGAAGACCUUAAAUGAGAUAACAAAUGAACUGUGUCCUGUACUAAGCAUACAGCAGCUGUACCGAAUUAGUACAAUGUAUUGGGACGACAAAUAUGGCACCCAUAGUGUGUCUUCAGAUGUUAUUUCGAACAUGAGAGUUCUGAUGACAGAAGAUUCGAACAGUGCCGUCAGUAGUUCAUUUUUGUUAGAUGACGACUCCAGCAUUCCUUUCUCUGUGGAUGACAUAUCCAAGUCAAUGCAGCAAGUCGAUCUAGCAGAUAUUGAACCUCCACCAUUGAUCCGUGAAAAUUCUGGAUUUGUUUUCUUGCAUCAACGCUCAGAAUGAUGGUCAAAAGAUUCCAGACUCUGAAUCUCUGAACGUCAGUAAUAUCUACAUUCCAUACGGCUGUGGAAAAUUUGCACAUAUCUAUGUGCAAAAUUUGUGCAUAUAGCUUUUAUAGUCCUUUUCAUAUGUAUUAUACAUCUUUCUUUCUUCCCUGGGUACGUGCCUUUUGUCCAGUGUCCGGGAUUCUAUUCAUUUUUUGCACCCCUUCAUGUGGGUACAUGAGGGUGGUAUUAUUUAGAAGGCCAUGUGGCUAUCAGCGUGAUGAUUUAGUAGUGUAGCGUUCAUGCAUUGGUUUUCAGGAAGUUCUGUGAACACUUGCAUGGGGUUCUGUUUUCACCACGGGCUAUGGAGCCCUGUUUUUCUUUCUACAUGUAAGUUUGUGACUGGGGCUUGUAAAUUGAACGCCAAGUAUAUCAAAAGUUGAAUAUAUAUUUUUUGUGAUUUA